ACGGAGAAGGACGUAGGGUCCGGUGCUGAACCCCAAACCUGGCGAGGCUUACUUGGAGACCUCUCUUGGGGUUGAGGUGAAAUGAGGAGGAUUUUAUAUCCGUGGGUGUAGGUUACAAAGGGGUUGCCUAGGUUUUCUCAUGCUUAGCGAGAGACUUUUCCUGUCCGUGCUAUUUUUCCCGCCCAAAAGGCCCUCCCCACUCAGCGCAGUAGGGGUCGAGUCCAUUUGACUUCUCCGGCGCGCCGUCUCCAGAGAAGUUUGGUGGGGCGGAGUCGGCCUUGCCCCGCUCAUCCCCCCAGGACGUCCGACGGUGCCCGCUGCCAUGGCGACGCUGCUGCGCGGGCUUCUGCGCCCGCUCUGCGCCUUCCGAGGCAGUCCCGGCUCUUCUACAGGUGUUCCCCUCAGAGCCGUGAGCCAUGGCGCCGGCCUGCUCUACCCCGAACACAUUCCCACUUCCCCGCUGCAGAAGGUGCUGCUGGCUGCCGGCUCUGCCGGGAUGGCGCUCUACGAUCCCUAUCGCCACGACAUGGUUGCAGUUCUGGGAGAGACCACAGGACACCGUACCCUGAAGGUCCUCAGGGACCAGAUGAAGAGGGAUCCAGAGGGUGCCCAAAUCCUGCAGGAGCGUCCCCGGAUCUCGCUGUCCACCCUUGACAUGGGCAAGCUCCGGGGUCUUCCUGAGGGCUCCUUUGGCUGUGCGUAUCUCCGUUUCCUGGAUGUGAAUGUGUUCUCAGGACGUGGCAUGACAAUAUGUAUGGAGGACUUCAUACAGUGCUGGCACAUAAGGGUCUCCCCAGACACCCGCGCACCCACCCGCUUCGUGGACGACGAGGAGCUGGCAUACGUGAUCCAGCGGUACCGGGAGAUCCACGACAUGCUCCACACCUUGCUGGGCAUGCCCACCAACAUCCUGGGAGAGAUCGUGGUGAAAUGGUUUGAGGCUGUCCAGACUGGCCUGCCCAUGUGCAUCCUGAGUGCACUCUUCGGACCGAUCCAACUCAGCGCCCAGAGCCUGCGAUUGCUGAUCUCGGAGCUGAUCCCAUGGGCAGUUGAGAAUGGCCGCAGAGCCCCAUGUGUCCUCAACGUGUACUAUGAGCGGCGCUGGGAACAGCCCCUGCAGGCCCUGCGGCAGGAGCUGGGCAUCACGGAGCCACCCCUGCGUGUGGAGGGCCUGGUGUAGGCCCUGAGCGCCUGAGGCCCCACCCCACCCCACCCCACCCCCCUCUUCUGCUGGGAGUGGAGCACGCCUCUGCCAGUACAUGGGUUCCUCCACUGUGAACUCUGACCCUUGGACGUCACUCAUUAUAAUUUAUCAUAACCGCCGCAGAGCGGCUUUGAAGGCCAACCUGGGAGGGAGCAGCCAGUGGAGCUCCUAGGGGAGCCAGGAGCGAACCCCGUGUGCUCAGGGAUUGCUCAGGUCCACAACGCAUGUGCCCGAGCCCUCCCUGCCUGCCAGUGUUCUCUGGGUGCCAGGCUGGGGGGUCUUCACAGGGGGAAGGGCUGCCCUUGAUUCCCAAGGCCUGAAGAGGGAGGCAGAGGGGCAGGUGGGUCUCUGCUGUCUGAAUAAAGGCUCCCAUCAGGU